CCUUUAGCCGUUACGUAAUCGGUAGCAGAGCAAUUCUUAUGCUCAUGGCAAACCUGUAAUAUAUCCAAAGAUUAGGUGCAUUUUCAAUCGCGAUCGGUAUUAAACAAACCCAAUUUCGCAACCAGGAAGCAAAAGCACUUUCAAACUUUUGAGAGAAUACCGGGGAUGGCAGCAGAAGAGGGACAAGUGAUUGGUUGCCACACUGUUGAAAUAUGGAACGAGCAGUUGCAGAAGGCAAAUCAAUCCAAGAAGCUGGUGGUUGUUGAUUUUACUGCUUCAUGGUGUGGACCCUGCCGUUUCAUUACUCCCUUCUUAGUAGACCUAGCCAAGAAGCUGACCAAUGUUAUCUUCCUGAAGGUGGAUGUGGAUGAAUUGAAGACGGUUGCUCAGGAUUGGGCUGUGGAAGCAAUGCCAACUUUCAUAUUCCUUAGAGAGGGAAGUAUUGUGGACAAGGUAGUGGGAGCAAAUAAAGAUGAACUGCAGAAGACUAUAGCAAAGCACAUGGCUACUGCUUCUGCUUGAAAAUGUUAAUUUCCAUGUGUUUUUACUAUUUCCAUGAGUAGUUUGUGUUCUUUUAAAAUGUUAGAGCAUGUUUGGGAUUAAGGUUUAACUGUUUUUCAAAAAUUAUUUGAUGUUGUUGAAGAGAAGAACAUAUUGAAAUGGUUUUUUUUGUUAUUUUACAUUUAUAUUAUUAGAAUUGCCAAUUUUAUAAUAAAAUUAAAAUUAAAGGUC